UAUUUUUUCGUAAUCGCACCCUAAUGCUACAAUUUGGCCUCAAUUAUGCAAGUGAGAAGCUUCUGAACACCAAAAAUAAUGGCGAGAAAAAAUAAUAUUUCUCUCCUCUUCCCCCUCCUCCUCCUCCCCAUCAUCUCCAUCACCGCCGGCGGACCUGCCACUGUCUGCAGCUUCCUCGGCGCCAGCUACGUUUCCUACGACUAUUGUAUGGCUGUUCUAUCCUCCGAUCCCCGCAGUUCCACUGCUGACCCCCACGGCCUCGCCUUAAUCACCGGUGACCUCGCCCUCGCCAACGCCACCGCCGUCCGCUCCACAAUCAAACUCCUCCUCAAUAAUUCCUCUGACCCUUUCAUCCACACCUGUCUUUCCCACUGCCGGAAAAUCUACGAGGGCGCCAUUUCCGAUGUCCGGAAGGCGGCGAACGCCACAGCUCGCCGGAAUUACGCCGCUGCCGAAGAACUUUUCGAUGGCGUUCUCAAUGCUCCCUCCGACUGCGAAGCAACCUUCUCAGCCCGACCUGUAGCGUCUUCUCCAAUUGUGAAAGAGGACAACGAGUUCUCCGACAUUGCUUGUUUGGGAAGAGCUAUCAACAAUUACUUGAAAUAGGGGUAUUUGAAGCUGAAAUAAAGUGGUUGGUAUUGAUUUGUUUUGAUUAAAAAUGAUGAAGAACUUCUAUAAUUGCUUGGUUUUAGCUCAUUCUAUUAGUUUGUUGGUUCAUUAAAGACAUGAAGAUUGAGUGGCUUCAAUGCAUGCUUAUAAUUUAUCUGCUCCAAUCUUAUUUUAGCUUUUUAGAAAAUAGCUAGAGAGCAAGAAAGUUAGGUUAUUUCUAUGGCUUGAAUCCUUCCAGCUCAUCCUUGUAUUUUUGAAGGAAAUUGAAUUCUCAGCAUUAUCAAUUCUUGGUAGGACCUUUGUACAUUUAUAUAUUGAUAUUGAAGGUUUUAACAAAAGAAAAAUCUAA